AUGAGCGCUCAGAAUGGCUACAUAGCAUUAUCACCUUCAGCAGACCGCAAUACACCAGAGCAAGAAUACCCGCCGCAAGUCGAGGCUGCAUACUCGUCAGAUUCACCCUUACUUGAUCCCUCGACGCGGGGGAAGACUCUCAACCUUCAUGGAGGAACGUUCACAGUCGACCCGGAUGGGCACUCGUAUUCCUAUGCGUAUGGACCGAAGGGACUAGCGGGCCUGAGGCACAACAAGUACGCCCUGUUGUGCGCGUUCUUCGCGUCGAUUGGAGGGUUGGAGUUUGGGUAUGACCAGGGUGUCAUCGCAAAUGUGCUCGUAAUGAAGGACUUCAUGCACCGCUGGCCCAUCACCCCGUUGCAGAAGGGUAUCAUGACUGCGGUUCUGGAACUUGGAGCUCUCAUUGGUGCACUAGCAGCAGGAAUCUAUGCGGACAAGUACUCGCGGAGACAUUCAAUACUGGUUGCCUGCAUCGUCUUCUGCGUCGGGUCUUCCUUUCAAGCCUUUGCCCGGCACAUCAGUCACAUAUUCAUCGGACGGGCCAUAGGCGGGGUCGGAGUCGGAGCUCUGAGCAUGCUCUCUCCUCUCUACAUGGCAGAAAUCAGUCCCCCAGAAGUCCGUGGGUCCUUAAUGGCGCUUGAACAGCUCUCCAUCGUGUUGGGUGUCGUAUUUGGGUUUUGGACCGGUUUCAUGACGCGAGAAUACGAAGGUUCUGCAUCCUGGCGCAUCCCACUCGGCCUUCAAAUCAUCCCUGGCCUCAUCCUUUGCGCUGGAUGCUACUUCCUCCCACCAUCACCUCGGCUGCUGGUUCUGCAUGGACAGUAUGAAGAUGCACUGCGAAGCCUGGCUCGACUACGGAUGAGGACGGAAGAGGAGGCGAAAGGAGACGCGUUGGUCCAGAUCGAACUUCUGGAAAUGAGAGUCGAAACAACACUCAUCGAGCGGACUCUCGGCGUUGUUUCAGCUGCUGAGGGCGAGUCGACGACGCAGAGUGGUUGGGACGCCUGGAAGAAGCUCUUCGACGAGCGGUACCGAGAUCGAACGUGGAUUGGGGUGAUGAUCAUGGUCUUCCAACAGUGGUCUGGUAUCAACGCCCUGCUCUAUUACGGACCUACUCUAGUGCAUAGCAUCGGUCUUCGAGGCGACACCGUUACGCUACUGGUGUCAGGAGGGAUCGGGGUCGUGCAGCUCAUCGCCGUCUUGCCAGCUAUCGUCUGGAUCGACAGGGCCGGUAGGAAAGGGUUGUUGCGAGGUGGAAGUGCGGCAAUGGCAGCGUCGCACCUCGGAAUUGCUGUCCUCGUCUUGCUCUUCCAGAAAGAUUGGGCAGCACAUCGGAAUGCUGCUUGGAUCGCUGUUGGUGGGAUAUACACCUUUACCUUUGCAUACGGUGUCUCAAUAGGGCCGAUCGGAUGGGUGCUUCCGAGUGAAGUCUUCCCGCUGUCGAUGAGGAGCAAGGGCGUUGCCCUCAGCACAGCGUCAAAUUGGAUUAAUAAUUUCUUUAUCGGUCUCUUAACACCUGUUAUUGUCAACUUUUCGCCUGCGGUCGCAUUCCUGGUCUUCGCGGCAGCCUGUGUGGCUGCGUACUUUUGGGCAACUUAUUAUGUACCCGAAACGGCGAACGUUUCACUCGAGGAGGUCGACAAGCUGUUCAAGUCGUCUGCGGGCAUAGAGGAGGCCGAGAUGGAGCGCGAAAUCGAGCAGGAACUUGGGCUGACUGGGUUGAUUAGAGAGCUGGCGGACGACCUGGAGAGAUGA